AUGCGUCGCUGUUCCUCUAUCCGUGCAGCUAUCUUCCUGGCGGUGGUGUUAGUCGCCGCCGCAUUCCCGUCCGUGGCGCUUGCCGAAGACCCGUCAGAGCCACUGGAGGGCGUCGCGGACCUCAACGCCGCUACAUUUGACGCCCAGGUCGGCAAGGACAUCCCCGCGCUGGUGGAGUUCUACGCACCGUGGUGCGGACACUGCAAGAAUCUUGUGCCAGAGAUGCAGAAGCUCGGCCUUGCGGCCAAGGCGGCUAGUGGAAAGGUGCUUGUCGGCAAGGUCGACGCGACGCAGCACGGCGAUCUCGCCGGCCGCUUUGGCGUGUCGGGGUACCCGACGAUUCUGUUCUUCCCCGCUGGCUCGGUGAAGCCGGAGAGGUACAGUGGGCAGCGCGAUGCCUCUGCAUUUGUGUCGUUCCUCAACGAGCGGUCACAGGGGCUGCGGCUCUCUUUGCCGCGCGAGCACAAGUACGUGACACAGCUCGACAAGGACAACUAUGAUGCCAUUGCCCUCGAUGACACAAAGGACACCUUCAUCAUGUUCUACGCGCCGUGGUGCGGCCACUGCAAGAAACUGCAUCCCAUCUUCGAGCGCCUUGCGAUGGUGUACAAGGACGAGCCGGAUGUCGUCAUUGCAAGCCUCAACGCCGAUGACAGCGCCAAUGCUGCUGUGCGCAGCCGUUAUGAAAUUGACGGCUUCCCCACCCUCGUGUUCCUCUCCAAGGGGAUGAAGGACAAGCCCAUCUACUACAACAAGGACCGCGAGCUGGAUGCAUUCGUGAAGUUCCUCAACGCCCACACCGGAAAGAACCGCCUUGAGACGGGCGACCUCUCCGCGGAGGCUGGUGUCGACGUGGGGUUAACAAAACUUCUGCAGGACAUGCUGGUAGAGGGCAAGAGCGCCGAGGAGAAGCAGCAGCUGCUCGCACAGGUGAAGGAUGCUGCUGUACUUGUGGCAGGUGAGGCGGCUGUGCAGUACCCGCGUAUCGCGGCGAGGGUCCUCGACGGAGGUGUGGCGUACAUCGACAAGGAGCUCGCACGCAUCGGGCGCAUGAAGCAGGGCGACCUGCGGGGAACGAAACGCGACAUGAUGACGAUACGCGCCAACAUUCUCACCUCUAUAAAGCCUCAGUAG